AUGGCCCAUACUGCCGAUAGCGUGCCUCCUUCAUGUAUCAAACGAACAUCGGGUGAAUCUGCUGACGUGAAGUCGGAUGAUUGCUCGGAUUUCGUAGCUGCGCAUGUGUCAAUUGCCAGUGGUUCGGCAAUUCGAUCGCACUCGAUUUUGCAGCCAAGGCGCCAGGUGGAAUGUGAUAUUUGCACGACGGAAUUCUGA